AUGAGUGCCACUCCAGAGUUGGGUCGGCGUUCAACAUCAGCAACGGCCACAGCAACAACAGCUACAACAACGGUAGCGAAUCAACCGAAGUCCUUCUCCGAUUAUACUACUCCAUCUCCUACAGAUGAGGAAAGCAUCAAUAAACCACAGCGGGAGAAACUAACUCCCACAAACGCCGAACUUAUAUCAACUUUGAAAGACUUUACUGUCGACAAGACAAAGUAUAAGCAUUACGGGCACCUGUCACUGAUGAAUUCCCAGUUUUUGGAAAAGGUUGUGCAUAUGAAAACUCCAGAACAAGAAGGCAAAUCAUUACCGGGUUCCGAUAAACCAAAGGUGGAGGAAGAGAUGGCCCAGGUUUUAGCUGGUUUACCAAACACCAUAGAGCAAAAAUUGUCUCUGCCACAUAAUACUGAUAUUUUGAGUGAAUUGAUUCAAUUGCAAAUAGAGCAAGAAAGAACCAAACAAAGUGCAUUCAAAAAGGAAAUUGGAGAUACUGCAUUGCAGUUGUUUACCAUUGCUAGAGAGUUGAAUGUGAAUGCCGACCUCAUUCCAUUUCUAUUUGCAUCAGAGUCAAUAACGCCCAGUGGGUUGAGCAAUCAAAUUGACAAGUUGAAACAAGAUCCAAAAGGAACAAUCAAUGACCUUGUAGAGAAUUCAAGACAGGCAGAGAGUGAUUUGGCAAGAUUUAAAAGAAAACAUUCAGAUACACAACUACCAUCGUUUUCGGAAACUGCACAAAGUAUUAUCGGGUCUAAUAUUGUUUCCCCACUGAGAUCACCUAAUAAAACACCAGCAUUAGUACAUAGAAGGGUAGUCUCUGAUAGCAGUGAUUCAACCACAAAGGGAUCUUCACCAGCUAAUUCUGGCUUUUUACCACUACUGUUUAUUGUCAACUCAAAAGAGUCAAAGCCGAAUUCCGAGCAACAACAACAACAACAACAACAACAGCAACAACAACAUACAUUGUCGGGGAUCACUCAAAGUCAACUGCAGCAGCAUCUGCCAACUAUUCAUCCACAACCAUCACCACCGCCCACAAUCUAUCAAGGCCACUAUACUACUCCUCAAUACAUUCCUCAACCACCACCAGCUUCACAAGCACAACAUUUACCACUACCUCCUGCAGCUGGGAAUGGCGGUAACCCACAAUCUACAUCAUGCAAAGAUGCUUCCAACCUGGGAUCUCCUCAUUUGCCAAAAUAUCCAAUCAUACAUCCUCAUGCUUAUCCUCAAGGUGGACCCAAGUACAUGCCUCAACAAUACCCUUUCUAUGUAUCUGCAUCUCCACCAAAUUACAAUCAACAUCAUGCAUAUACCAACACCAGUGUUGUAGGAUCACCACCACCACAACCUUCACUUCAACCUUCACUUCAAAUUUCACCACAUCAUCAUACGCGUCAGCACUCGUCCUCCUCAAGUCAAACAUCACCACGUUCUCUGUCCCAACACAAAUCACAACAACUGCAUUCUGCAACAAGACACCCCGUUCCUACUCAUCAAUUUGAGUCUAACGAUACAAAGAAGAUUGUGUUUAAGUCGGUGGAUGACGAAGCUCCAGCAUCAAAGAGGCAAAAGAACUCAAAACAAACUGGAAGUAUAAAUUUUAUGAUAACGACACCAAAGAAUCCACCAGCUAGAAAGUACAACAACCCUCACAAGGAGAAGUAA